AUGGAGGAGCUGUGCAGUGGGAGUGGUCUGGAUCCCUUCUGGGACUGGAACCUGACCUGGUACACCUCCAAACCAGACCUGACCCAGUGCUUUCAGCACACGGCUCUGGUGUGGUUCCCCUGUGUUUACCUGUGGACCUGUUCUCCUCUUUACCUGCUCUACCUGCUGCUCCGCCCCCACCGGGGCGUCAUCCCGCUGUCCAAACUCUGCUGCAGCAAGACGCUCCUCGGUUUCAGUCUGGCCUCCUUUGGUCUCCUGGAGAUGUUUUACGUUGUGGUGAAGAUGAACGAUGAGAUCCAGAACCACCUGAUCCUGCUGGGUCCACUGAUUCGGAGCCUCACUCUGGUUCUGGCUGUUGUCAUAAUCCAGGUCGAGAGGAUGAAGGGCUGUCGUUCCUCCGUCAUCCUCUUCCUCUUCUGGACACUUCUGGUUCUUUGCUCCAUCGUUCCUCUGAAGGUCAACAUCGAGCAGAUUAUUGAUCAGGAGUUUUCAUCAGAUGCUUUUCGUUUCAACGCGUUCUUCAUCUGUUUUUCCAUCCAACUCAUCGAACUCGUUCUCUGCUGCUUCUCAGAUCGACGGACACUUCAGGACGAACACACACGCGUCCAGAACCAAUGUCCAGAGGAGGACGCAUCGUUUGUUUCAAAGUUUUUCUUCUUCUGGAUCAGCAGUUUGCUGCUCCAGGGUUACAAGCGCCCCCUGCAGGCUGAAGAUCUGUGGCCACUGCGAGAACAGGACUCAUCCUUGAGGAUCAUGACAGACCUGGAGAAGUUCUGGACUCAGAACAGGAAACAGCCGCAAGAGGAACCAGAAGCUUCGGGUCCAUUCUGGUCCCGGUUGGUUGGUUCUGCUGGACCAACAGAAAAAACUCCCCUGUUUGAGGAGAAGAGGAAAGGGCGGAGCUACAGCUUCUUCCUUAUACAUGCUUUGGGGCGGAGCUUUGGGCCUUACUUCCUGUGCGGUACACUAUGUCUCCUCCUCCACGACGCCUUCAUGUUCGCCGUGCCGCAGGUGCUCAGUUGUCUGCUGGUCUUCAUGCGGGACAGAGAGGCGGAGACGUGGAAAGGUUUCCUGUUUGCCUCUCUGCUCUUCCUGUUGUCGUGUCUUCAGUCCGUCCUCAACCAUCAGUACAUGAUUCACUGCUUCAGCGUCGGAAUGAGACUGAAGACCAGCGUGAUCGCACUCGUCUACAAGAAGAGUCUGGUGCUGAGCAGCGCUGCGAGGAGACAAGUCACUUUGGGAGAAAUUAUUAAUCUGGUUUCCGCCGACGCUCAGAAGCUGAUGGACGUCGUGGUUUAUUUCAACAGCGUCUGGAUCGCUCCCAUCGAGAUCGCACUGUGCUUCUACUUCCUGUGGCAGCUGCUCGGCCCUCCGGCUGUCGCUGGGAUCACGGCCGUCUUCCUGAUUUUUCCUCUGAACGGCGUUUUGGCUAAAAUGAGAAGCAAACUUCAGGAGGUGCAGAUGAACUUCAUGGACGGUCGGAUCAAACUGAUGAGUGAGAUCCUGAGCGGCAUCAAGAUCCUCAAGUUCUACUCGUGGGAGGAAGCGUUCCUGCGGCGAGUCGGCGUCCUGAGAGACGGGGAACUCAACGCCCUGAAGAAGUCUCAGAUCCUCUACUCCGUGUCCCUGGCUUCGUUCAACUCCUCCUCCUUCCUGAUCGCUCUCUCUGUUUUCGGCGUCUACAUUUUGUACGAUGAGCAAAACGUUCUUGAUGCUCAGAAGAUCUUUGUUUCUGUGGCCCUCAUCAACAUCCUGAAAAGUCCUCUGAGUCAACUUCCCUUCGCCAUGAACACGACCAUGCAGGCCAUCAUCUCACUGCGACGUCUGACCGACUUCCUGUGUCUGGAGGAACUUCGACCUGACGACGUGGAGAGACUUCAUCACAGCUCAGACGGUGACGCUGUCGUGAUCGAGGGCGGCUUCUUCUCCUGGUCCCCUGAGGAUUCCCCGUGCCUGCAGAGGAUCGACCUGAAGGUGAAGACGGGUUCGCUCGUCGCUGUGGUCGGUCACGUCGGCUCGGGGAAGUCCUCUCUUCUGUCGGCCAUGUUGGGGGAGAUGGAGAGGAGGCGGGGCUUCGUCUACAUCCAGGGUUCUGUGGGUUAUGUUCCUCAGCAGUCUUGGGUCCAGAAUGCGUCAGUGAAGGAGAACAUUUUGUUUGGAGGCGAGAGGAAGGAGAGCUGGUAUCACCGGGUGCUGGACGCCUGCGCCCUGCUGCCGGACCUCGACCUGCUUCCUGCCGGAGACGCCACCGAGAUCGGAGAGAAGGGUUUGAACCUGUCUGGAGGGCAGAAGCAGAGGGUGAGUCUGGCUCGAGCCGUCUACAGGAGGUCAGAUGUUUACCUGCUGGACGACCCGCUGUCGGCCGUGGAUGCUCACGUGGGACAACACAUCUUUGAUCGGGUAAUUGGCCCCACAGGGAUUCUUAAAGACAAGACUCGGGUUCUGGUGACUCACGGCCUCAGCUUCCUGUCCAAAGCCGACCUGGUCCUGGUGAUGGACGAGGGUCGGAUCUCUGAGUCGGGAUCCUACGCCGAGCUGAUGGACCGAAAAGGAACCUUCGCCAAAUUAAUCCAAACCUUCAGUGGAAAGCACAGCCGAGGAAAACCCACACUCCACGAGAAGAGCAGCAGGAAGGCAGUGUCUCGUCUCAGUCUCUUAGAUUUUUCCGUCGAUCUUUCUCAGGAGCAGCUGAUCAGCUGUGAUAUGAGCAGUGCCAGUCUCCAUGUGCCAGGUGAUGUUGAUCAGGAGCUGGAUGUCGAAGAAGCUGGAAAACUAACGAAGGCUGAUAAAGUUCACACCGGGAGAGUGAAGCUGCAGAUGUACAGAGAGUACUUCAAGACCAUCGGCUUGACCUUCAUCAUGACCAUCAUCUUCCUCUGCGCCUUCCAACAGGCCGCGUCGCUGGCCUACAACUAUUGGCUGAGCCUCUGGGCCGACGAGGCGCCCGUCAACGGAACCCGGAGCGACCACGAGCUGAAGCUCAGCGUGUUCGCAGCACUCGGCUUCACUCAGGCGAUGGCCAUGUUUGGGACGACGCUGGCCAUCUCUCUGGGCGGGAUCGUAGCGUCACGCCACCUUCACGCCGACCUGCUCCACAGCGUGCUGCACUCGCCCAUGUCCUUCUUCGAGGUGACGCCCAGCGGAAACCUCCUGAACCGCUUCUCCAAAGAGAUCGACGCCAUCGACUGCAUGAUUCCUGACGGGCUGAAGAUGAUGCUGGGCUACCUGUUCAAGCUGCUGGAGAUCUGCAUCAUCGUGUUGUUGGCCACGCCCUUCGCAGGCCUGGUGCUCCUCCCCCUCGCCUUCUUCUACGUCUUCAUCCAGAGUUUCUACGUGGCGUCUUCGUGUCAGCUGCGGCGCCUGGAGGCGGUGAGCCGCUCGCCGGUCUACAGCCACUUCAACGAGACGGUGCAGGGCGCCGCCGUCAUCCGAGCGUUUGGCGAGCAGCAGCGGUUCGUCCGUCAGGCCCAUCGACGCAUCGACAGAAACCAGGAAGCUUACUUUCCUCGAUUCGUCGCCACCAGGUGGCUGGCGGUGAACCUGGAGUUUUUGGGGAACGUGCUGGUUUUGGCGGCGGCCAUCUUGUGUGUUCAAGGUCGAGAUAAUCUGAGUCCGGGAAUCGUGGGUUUGGCUGUGACACAAUCUCUCCAGGUGACGGGAAUCCUGAGCUGGAUCGUUCGGUCGUGGACGGACGUGGAAAACAACAUCGUGUCUGUGGAGCGAGUGAAAGAAUACGACCACACAGCCAAAGAGGCGGCCUGGACCCUGGAGGACAGUCUGCUGCCGGCGGCCUGGCCGACCACCGGAACCAUCCAGUUUGAGGAUUAUGGACUUAAAUACCGGAAAGAUCUGGACUGGGCCUUGAAGGACAUUUCCAUCAGCAUCCAGAACAGAGAGAAGGUCGGGAUCGUUGGGAGAACCGGAGCCGGGAAGUCGUCUCUGGCUCUGGGAAUCUUCAGGAUCCUGGAGGCGGCGAGCGGACGAAUCCUCAUCGAUGGAAUCAACGUGGCUCAGAUCGGCCUCCAUGACCUCAGAUCCAGAAUCACCAUCAUCCCUCAGGACCCCGUGUUGUUCUCUGGGUCCCUGAGGAUGAACCUGGACCCGUUUGACACCUGUUCAGAAGAAGAACUGUGGAAAGCUCUGGAACUCGCUCAUCUCAGCAGCUUCGUGUCCGAACUGCCUCAAAAGCUGGAGCAUCAGUGUAGUGAAGGAGGAGAGAACAUGAGCCUCGGCCAGCGGCAGCUCCUGUGUUUGGCCCGAGCUCUGCUCAGGAAAACCAGGAUCCUGGUUCUGGAUGAAGCGACGGCUGCUGUGGACCUCAGGACGGAUCAGCUGAUCCAGUCCACCAUUCGGAGUGAGUUUGAUGACUGCACGGUUCUGACCAUCGCCCACCGCCUCAACACCAUCAUGGACUACACAAGGGUCAUUGUGAUGGACAGAGGUUCCAUCGCAGAGAUGGACUCUCCUGCUCAGCUCCUGCACCUUCAGGGUAUUUUCUAUAAGAUGUGUGUGGAGGCCGGUUUGGUUUGAGAUGAACCUCUGGAGAAGAACUUCUGAGACAAACUGUUUCCUGACCUCACGUCCUCUUCCUGUGAGGGAGGAAGAGCACCAGUCGAGUACUGUCCCUGCUGCUCUGUGUCUGUUUACACAAAGAAAACUCAAGACAAGCUGGAUUCAUGUUAGGGUUGGGGGGGGGGGGUUGAUAUUUAUCAGUUUAUGUUUUUAUGUAUGUGCUUUUCCAUAUUAUUUAUUAAUUAACUAAUAAUUAAUCGUUUUUGAAAGUUUCAAAUAAACUUUAAUAGAAAUUGAAUCAAAUAAAAUGUUUUAAAUUAAAUAAAAUGAAACAUAAAACAGAUAAAAGUUAAAUGAAUAAGUCUUCAAAGCCUGAACUGAUUCCAGGUCUGUGUUUCUUCCUGUUUGUGUGCUGACGUGUUGAGGAAUGAAGAACAUGACGAUGCAGGGAACACCACUCAAAGCUCAGGAGACGUGGAAAUGUUGGAUAAAUCGAUUUAGUGUCAUUGACUUUGCAGUUAAUCCGUUUAAAUCUCCUGCUGCUCCUCCUCCGCUCAGACUCCUCCGCUCCUCAGUCUCCAGCUGCAGCUCCUUCUACCUCCUCCAAUCCCUCUAACCCCUGCAGGAGAUUCACACACAGAAAUUCAGGAGCAUAAAGAUGUCGAGAUCUUUUCUUCAUCAGCUCGGGACGGAAACAGCAGGAGACGUUUCAGGAGCUCUGUGUCCAAUCGGAACAGAAGAAUUACACCAUUUGUUAGCCUGUGGAUAAAAAUAACAAAGGAGAGAUUAACGUCUGAUUAGUUUGGGAUUAAAAGAAGAAUAAAUCCCUCUGCUGCUCAACAAGGACCGGAUAUCAUCCACUUGUUCUCCUCUUCAGUUACGCAGCUUGAGGUUUGUUUGAGCCAGAGAUUAAACCUGAAUGAAGCUGGUUCACUCCAAUAAUCACAACAUCUUUCCUAAGAGAAACAGUUCAGAGGAAUGUUUGCUGCUGAACUUCAUUAAAGACAAGUUGAGCUCUUUGUCGCUGGUCACAUGUUCAUGAGUAGUUCGCAGCGUUUGGUUUUCUACAUUCAAAGUUUUAACAUCACUGGUUCCAUGAAAGUUUAUUUAGAUAACAACAAGAUGUUGCUGUUUCAAAAUAAUUUCAAGUGUAAAGAACAUUUAUUUUAUUUUAUACUUUGUGUUUUCUUGUACUGAAUUUGCCAGGAUGAAAAUAUCUUUAUCUUAACUUUCAUGUACUGACACAAUGUUUUCAUGUGGUUACAACAUACAGUUCAUCAUGUUACAAUGUGAAAUGUUUCACUUAAUAACAAUACAGGAAUUUAUCCCACGUUAUAACGAUAUCAUUUAAGAUUAAAGCGUAAACAUUUCACAUUAAAACCUGAUAAAUCACUUUAUUGUAAUAACAUAAAAACAAACGUUUUGUUUUGAAGCAGAAAUGUGUUGAGAGGAUGAACGUGUCUCAUUUAUAUGAUCUGGUUAAAUUCGAGUUCGUGCUCACAGUGAGAUGUAUGAUCGGGACCUGUUCUUUAACAAGCUGGUUUUAGAUCCAACCAACUGUCUUCUUCUCUUCCAUCACCAUUUUCAUCACGUUGUGUUUUCGAAGAUUUGUGAUAUAAAAUAUUUU